AUGCCUGUUGAGCCUAGAAUCACUGCUACGGAUCUUUCGCUAAGUGGCGAUGCUGAUGUUGAGUUUCCUUCUCGGCAGUUUUUACCCCCAACCAUACCCCACGUGAACAACCACCCCUCAGCUCAGCAGCAGCAGCAACUUUUGCCUCGAAGCAACCAGUUUGACGCCAUACCCAGCCCCUCAUUUUACGAAGGGUUGAUAUUUACCGAUGUUGUGGAGCAAAGCCCGUUUAUUCUGGACCCCUUGAGAGAAAGAAACUUGGAUGAAUCGCCGGUGCCAAAUGCUGCCACGGCAAAGCCAAGAAACAGGCGAUCUUGCGAUCCGUGCAGUGUGCGGAAGCUAAAGUGCGAUUACUGUGAACCUUGCUCGCGCUGCGCUUUGCAUGGGCUCAAGUGUACGAAUUUGCGUGUAAAGAGAAAACCGGGACCGAAAAAGAUUCAUGAAAAGACAAGGGUGGCCAUCCAGCAGUUGGCCGUCAAGUCGAGUGCAGUGCAAACUGACGCGCGUCCUAUAACUUUGGAGCAGCUUCUACCGUGUCUCAAUGUGUUUCAAGGCUGGUACUACAGCAUAUGGCCUGUAGUUUCCGUUGCCGAAUUGAUAUCUCGACAAAGUGAGCCCAAAAUCUACGCCUUGAGCUGUGCUAUAGCAGCUGCAAUUCAGUACCAGUUGCGAUUCAUCACCCUGAAACACUGGGUAUCCGAUGAGAUUAUGUCCAUUGACUUCACGAGUGAAGCAAUCAGAACGAAGGAAACUGCGCAAACCAUUGAAUCGAUCUUGACUUUGUUUUUUUUGCAUGUUUCCUGUUCCGGAACUAGUGCCAGUAAUAGCGAGACACAAUCGGUUUGCUUUUUGCGAGAAGCAAUCACUUUGGCGCAAAUGAUGGGAUUGGACAGAUUGGAGACAUUGGAAAAUGCCACCCAGAACCAUCGAUUGAGAAAGGUCUAUUGCUUGCUUGUUGUCACCGAACGGUUCGUUUGUUUGGAACAGUCGCUCCCCGUUCUUUUGGAGCCGAGUAUCCCACUUCCACAGCUCGAGCAUGAAGAGUAUCCGUUAUUGUUAAGCGGGUUUCUUGAAUUGGUGAAAGUUUUUGCAAUACCAAACAAAUCCAUAUUUGACAAGUUCAGAGCAAUUAAAAACGACUCUGCGUCAAAGAGAUUGAUCUGCAAUGUGCAAGAUCAGCUUCAAAAGAUCAAAAUACUGGAAGAUACACCAGAUAUCCAAAAAGCCAACAUCAUCUUGAGCAAAUACUGGAUCAUGGCGUGGACAUGGAAUGUUUCGCAAUCAAACAAUUUACUUGACGCUGAGAAUAGUUGUUUAUCCAAAAGCUUUCCGGUAAAAGUUGCACGGGAGUUUCUCAACAUCACAGCCGUGCUACCCUUGGAGUCAUUUGAAUUCAAUGGACCAGGCGUUUGUGUGAAGCUUUUUAUAAUCACCAAAACGUUAGCCAGGGCUAUAAUGUUCACCGGUGACGGCAACGCUAUUCCAUGUCUCCGGGCCUUGGUUGACAAAUUGUCCCUUUUAAGGUUCAAUUUUAUUAACUACAGCAAAGAUACUAGUCUUAUUUUGCGGGCAUUGAAUGGUUACGGUGAUUAUUAA